AUUGGGGCCCACCUUCAGAAGCUUUGCCCAGGCGUCUCUCUUUGGAGAAAGAGAAAGAGAACUUAAAAGCUUAGCCAUUUCUGUGGAAUUUGGAGCUAAUUCCUGAAAAAUACACACUGCAAACAAUCGAAUCUAUCUCUACCCAAACGUGGAAACCCAGCAAUCCAACACAAAGAAGAAAAAUGUCGAUUGCAGCGGCAACUGCAACAACGACGAGUCGUUUCCUCUUGCUUCCAAUACGAUGCUCUGAUUCAAAACCCAGUAUUCCAAGGCGUGGUUUUGGAACAAAAACCAACGACGACAACAAAAACAAUAAGAAGAACAAAACCAGCAACUCAAGGGAACAGAAGGGCAUGAUGUUACGACAGAGGAAAUCAACGACUAAAGGAUCUAGUGCUGUUCCUACUCAGGCACCUGGUUUAAGUCCUCCAUCUGGUGGGAGGUCUAGAAGCACUUCUCUAGACAUUGAGUUUGAGGAGCGACUAAAAGCAGUUAAAAGGUCAGCACUUGAGCAGAAAAAAACAGAUGAGGAAAAAGAAUUUGGGGCUAUUGACUAUGAUGCACCAGUUGAAACAGAGAAGAAAACGAUUGGACUAGGUACUAAGAUUGGAGUUGGUGUAGCCGUUGUCGUUUUUGGUUUGGUUUUUGCUCUUGGAGACUUUCUUCCCUCAGGAAGUGUUGGUCCUUCCGAUGAUGCUGCAGUUGUCGAUGAUAAACUGUCAGAAGAAGAGAAAAGUACUCUUAAGACUCGGCUGAAGGAAUAUCAGACAACACUCAGAAAUUCACCAAAAGAUCCAACCGCUCUUGAAGGAGCUGCUGUAACCUUAGCAGAGUUAGGAGAGUAUAGUCAGGCUGCUUCUAUGCUUGAGGACUUGACAAAGGAGAAGCCAGGUGACCCUGAUGUUUUCCGUUUGCUUGGAGAAGUUAAAUAUAAACUAAAGGAUUAUGAAGGAAGUGCAAAUGCAUAUAAGAGUUCUGCAUUGGUGUCUAAAUAUCUCAAUUUUGAAUUACUACGUGGCCGUACAAAUGCAUUACUUGCAGCAAAGAAACCAGAUGAGGCUGUAAAUUUCCUUCUUGCCUCUCAACAACAACUACAAGCACAAAACUCAGAAGUAAGAAGUGAAAGUAGGACAAAGGAAGCAGAAGUCCAGAAGGUGGACCCUGUUCAAGUGGAUUUGCUACUGGGGAAAGCAUAUUCAGAUUGGGGGCAUGUUAGUGAUGCUGUGGCUGUUUAUGAUCAGCUCAUCUCUGCUUACCCUGAUGACUUCCGAGCUUACUUGGCCAAGGGAAUUAUUUUGAAAGAAAAUGGUAAAGUUGGAGAUGCAGAGAGAAUGUUCAUACAAGCACGAUUUUUUGCACCGGAGAAAGCCAAGGCACUUGUAGAUCGUUACUCAAGACAGUGAAGGCCCCAUUUCUUCUAGACAAGGUUUGGAGAUGAACCCUCUCAGUCUCUCACUAUGUAUGUUGGAGUCGGAUUUGAGAAGUUCGUAGGAAAUAUAGAAUGUCAAACAAGUUAGGAAUGUUGUUUCUUUA